UCGCGCUUUCUCGAUCCCCUUCCUCACCGGGUUGUUGCGCAUUUUCUCUGCGCUUCUCGUUAUGGCUGGUCCAGAGGAGAUGACUGAUGCACAGCCCGCGAGCGCAAAACGCCCGUCGAUCGAUGUCGACAGUCUGCAACGGAAGAAGUUCAAGACCGAUGAGCUACCCUUGUCCGCCGCGAAACACACCGCGAUUGAGGAUCUACUCCAUUCGUUCAAGAAAAAGGGUGGUUUCGAUAAUAUACGGAAAAAGAUUUGGGCGGACUUCCAUGAUGGGGAGAAAAAAGUGGAAUUUACAAACCUCUUAGUGGAGUUGGCAGAAACGGAGAUCGAUCGCGAACCGGGCCUCCUCUCCCGCGAGCGCGGUAAGGCUGCGACAUUGAUCGAAGGCGCCGUGGACCGAAGCGAUAUCUACAAAACGGUGGAGAAGUCACUAGACUCGCUAGCUUCGAAUUACCUACCCACCAUUCUAGACUCUGUUCGCGACAUUCGUCGGCAAGAAAUUGGUGACGAGGUUGCACUUGCGGAAGAACAGGCUGGAAAUAAAACAGACGAAGACUACGCUGCCCAUGUCAAGGAAUUACGUGACGAGCGAGAGAAGAUAUGGCAGGAAACGGUCCGGAAGCAGCGAGAAAAGGAAGAGGAAGAAGCGCGGAAAAAGGCAGAGGAGGAUCGAAAACGUCGCGAGGUUGAGCGACAGAAAGAUGAAGAAGACCGGGCCAGGAGGAGGGAGCGCGAGGACGAGCGACGGGCAGAGCAACGCGCAGCGGACGAGCAGAGAGAAAAGGAACGGCAAGAACGGUACGAACGGCGACGACGGGAAGACCGAGACAGAUACCGCGACUGGCAUGACCACAGUCGCACAAGAGAUCGUGACUCGGACCGAGAUCGGGAUAGAGACAGGUAUCGCUACCGUGACCGCUCUCCUGGCUAUCGCUCUGACCGUGGUUUGUCUCCGCGUUAUCGCGAUGCCCGGAAGGAAAAAUCUGCGACGCCAAAAGAACCGACGCCUGCUCCGCCGGCGGCGGCGGCACCCCCUGUGGAUGAGAAGUCGUUGGAGGAGGCCGCUUUGCAAAUGCUUCUAAAGGAAGGUGAAGAGCUGGCAGCCAAGGCUCGCCAGAAGCCAGAAUUCGACUUCGAAGAAGCAGAGGCGAUCGAAAACGGUCUAAAGCCCCCAACGACCAAAACCAAAGCAACAUCGGAAUCGAAACACACCAAUACUCCUUCCAAGGCAGAGAGUCCAGCUGGCGAGACCGAUCCUAAUCGACGACGAGAGUCGACAAUAGCGGACGAGCAUCACCGCACUCGCCGACGCGACAAAAGCCGCAGCCGCUCCCGGAGAAGGUUUUCACGAUUAGACGAUGAUCGCCGGGAUUCGCGGGAUGCCUCUGCUCGACCUCGCGAUCGGGAUUCCGGAGAACGACUUCCGAUUCGUGACUUUCGAGGAGACCGCCGAGAAGAUCGUCGAGAAGAUCGUCGAGAAGAUCGCCGAGACGACCGUCGGGAAGACAGAUUUGGCGAUCGCAGCUAUCGACCCGGGAGACGGAGCAGGAGUAGGUCAACCACCCGCGGAUACGACAGGGAUCGGGAACGAGACCGAUCUAGGGCGCGAUAUCGCGAUAAGAGUACCGAGCGGGAGAGAGAUCUCCGGCGUGAUAACCGUGAUCGGGAUUUCGACCAUCGUCGGGACCGCAGCCGUGAUCGUGACAGGGACCGCAGGGAUCGAGACCGUGAUCGGGACCGGGACCGGGACCGCGACCGCGAUGAGUAUCGCCGACGGCGAUAUCGUUCUCGCUCGCGCUCACAAUUUCGAGGACAGGGUCGGGAUCAGGAACGUGAGCGAGACCGUGAAAGAGAACGUGGGCGUGGUGAUCGCAGUCGCGAGAGACCCAAGGACAGCGAGCGGGUCAAGGAACAUGGUGGGGAGCGUGAACGCGAGCGAGAGCGCGGCAAAGAGCGCGAACGAUCGCAGUCUCGCGUAUCAGCCUCUUCUCGGCGACGCUCACGAUCUCGCCGGCGGUCUCGCUCCCGUCAUCCUUCGCCUAGCCUUCUCGACAUCGACCGCUACGUGCCUGUAACAAGUAACCGCAGCCGAUCUCCGCGUCGUCGACUUCGCUCUUCAGAACGGGCAGAUGAACGAGAACGUGAUCGAGACCGAGAACGGGACCGUGACCGUGACCGGGAUAGAGACCGAGACAGGGAGCGGGAGCGGGAGCGAGAGCGGCGAGGAUUCGUGGAAAUCGACCGGUACGUUCCUGGUGGUGCCGAAAAGACGCCAACUAGACCUCCUUGAACGGUCAGAAAUGACACAGUCUUUGGCUGUCAAUUUCUGUCUUUGGUCCUGGCCCAAAGUCCUAUCUACAAUGUACACAUACAUACACAUCUCUCCCCAGCGGCCUGGACG